AUGUGGUUGACAGAGAUUUUGCUUCUCCUUCAACCAGAAAUUGCUCCUCCAACACCAAGUGUUCCAGUGAGACUGGUCAACUCUAACAGCCGCUGCUCUGGCAGAGUGGAGAUUUUCCACAAUGGCCAGUGGGGAACAGUGUGUGACGACUUGUGGAAUCUGAAUGACGCUCAGGUGGUUUGUCGACAGCUGGGCUGUGGCAGGGCUGUGGAGGCACCACAAAGGGCACGUUUUGGACGAGGCACUGGACAAAUCUGGUUAGAUAACCUUCAGUGUUCAGGACGUGAGUCUUCUUUGCAAGACUGUCCACAUGGCGGAUUAGGGAACCACAACUGUCGCCAUUCUGAGGAUGCUAGUGUCAUCUGUGAAGAAAUUGCUCCUCCAACACCAAGUGUUCCAGUGAGACUGGUCAACUCUAACAGCCACUGCUCUGGCAGAGUGGAGAUUUUCCACAAUGGCCAGUGGGGAACAGUGUGUGACGACUUGUGGAAUCUGAAUGACGCUCAGGUGGUUUGUCGACAGCUGGGCUGUGGCAGGGCUGUGGAGGCACCACAAAGGGCACGUUUUGGACAAGGCACUGGACAAAUCUGGUUAGAUAACCUUCAGUGUUCAGGACGUGAGUCUUCUUUGCAAGACUGUCCACAUGGCGGAUUAGGGAACCACAACUGUGGUCACUCUGAGGAUGCUAGUGUCAUCUGUGAAGAAAUUGCUCCUCCAACACCAAGUGUUCCAGUGAGACUGGUCAACUCUAACAGCCGCUGCUCUGGCAGAGUGGAGAUUUUCCACAAUGGCCAGUGGGGAACAGUGUGUGACGACUUGUGGAAUCUGAAUGACGCUCAGGUGGUUUGUCGACAGCUGGGCUGUGGCAGGGCUGUGGAGGCACCACAAAGGGCACGUUUUGGACGAGGCACUGGACAAAUCUGGUUAGAUAACCUUCAGUGUUCAGGACGUGAGUCUUCUUUGCAAGACUGUCCACAUGGCGGAUUAGGGAACCACAACUGUGGUCACUCUGAGGAUGCUAGUGUCAUCUGUGAAGAAAUUGCUCCUCCAACACCAAGUGUUCCAGUGAGACUGGUCAACUCUUACAGCCGCUGCUCUGGCAGAGUGGAGAUUUUCCACAAUGGCCAGUGGGGAACAGUGUGUGACGACUUGUGGAAUUUGAAUGACGCUCAGGUGGUUUGUCGACAGCUGGGCUGUGGCAGGGCUGUGGAGGCACCACAAAGGGCACGUUUUGGACGAGGCACUGGACAAAUCUGGUUAGAUAACCUUCAGUGUUCAGGACGUGAGUCUUCUUUGCAAGACUGUCCACAUGGCGGAUUAGGGAACCACAACUGUGGUCACUCUGAGGAUGCUAGUGUCAUCUGUGAAGAAAUUGCUCCUCCAACACCAAGUGUUCCAGUGAGACUGGUCAACUCUUACAGCCGCUGCUCUGGCAGAGUGGAGAUUUUCCACAAUGGCCAGUGGGGAACAGUGUGUGACGACUUGUGGAAUUUGAAUGACGCUCAGGUGGUUUGUCGACAGCUGGGCUGUGGCAGGGCUGUGGAGGCACCACAAAGGGCACGUUUUGGACAAGGCACUGGACAAAUCUGGUUAGAUAACCUUCAGUGUUCAGGACGUGAGUCUUCUUUGCAAGACUGUCCACAUGGCGGAUUAGGGAACCACAACUGUGGUCACUCUGAGGAUGCUAGUGUCAUCUGUGAAGGUAAGUGUGUUUCCACACAUGUUCCAGUGAGACUGGUCAACUCUAACAGCCGCUGCUCUGGCAGAGUGGAGAUUUUCCACAAUGGCCAGUGGGGAACAGUGUGUGACGACUUGUGGAAUCUGAAUGACGCUCAGGUGGUUUGUCGACAGCUGGGCUGUGGCAGGGCUGUGGAGGCACCACAAAGGGCACGUUUUGGACGAGGCACUGGACAAAUCUGGUUAGAUAACCUUCAGUGUUCAGGACGUGAGUCUUCUUUGCAAGACUGUCCACAUGGCGGAUUAGGGAACCACAACUGUCGCCAUUCUGAGGAUGCUAGUGUCAUCUGUGAAGGUAAGUAAAUUGCUCCUCCAACACCAAGUGUUCCAGUGAGACUGGUCAACUCUUACAGCCGCUGCUCUGGCAGAGUGGAGAUUUUCCACAAUGGCCAGUGGGGAACAGUGUGUGACGACUUGUGGAAUUUGAAUGACGCUCAGGUGGUUUGUCGACAGCUGGGCUGUGGCAGGGCUGUGGAGGCACCACAAAGGGCACGUUUUGGACAAGGCACUGGACAAAUCUGGUUAGAUAACCUUCAGUGUUCAGGACGUGAGUCUUCUUUGCAAGACUGUCCACAUGGCGGAUUAGGGAACCACAACUGUCGCCAUUCUGAGGAUGCUAGUGUCAUCUGUGAAGGUAAGUGUGUUUCCACACAUGUUCCAGUGAGACUGGUCAACUCUAACAGCCGCUGCUCUGGCAGAGUGGAGAUUUUCCACAAUGGCCAGUGGGGAACAGUGUGUGACGACUUGUGGAAUCUGAAUGACGCUCAGGUGGUUUGUCGACAGCUGGGCUGUGGCAGGGCUGUGGAGGCACCACAAAGGGCACGUUUUGGACGAGGCACUGGACAAAUCUGGUUAGAUAACCUUCAGUGUUCAGGACGUGAGUCUUCUUUGCAAGACUGUCCACAUGGCGGAUUAGGGAACCACAACUGUGGUCACUCUGAGGAUGCUAGUGUCAUCUGUGAAGGUAAGUGUGUUUCCACACAUGUUCCAGUGAGACUGGUCAACUCUAACAGCCGCUGCUCUGGCAGAGUGGAGAUUUUCCACAAUGGCCAGUGGGGAACAGUGUGUGACGACUUGUGGAAUUUGAAUGACGCUCAGGUGGUUUGUCGACAGCUGGGCUGUGGCAGGGCUGUGGAGGCACCACAAAGGGCACGUUUUGGACAAGGCACUGGACAAAUCUGGUUAGAUAACCUUCAGUGUUCAGGACGUGAGUCUUCUUUGCAAGACUGUCCACAUGGCGGAUUAGGGAACCACAACUGUCGCCAUUCUGAGGAUGCUAGUGUCAUCUGUGAAGCCUGCUCUGGCAGAGUGGAGAUUUUCCACAAUGGCCAGUGGGGAACAGUGUGUGACGACUUGUGGAAUUUGAAUGACGCUCAGGUGGUUUGUCGACAGCUGGGCUGUGGCAGGGCUGUGGAGGCACCACAAAGGGCACGUUUUGGACAAGGCACUGGACAAAUCUGGUUAGAUAACCUUCAGUGUUCAGGACGUGAGUCUUCUUUGCAAGACUGUCCACAUGGCGGAUUAGGGAACCACAACUGUCGCCAUUCUGAGGAUGCUAGUGUCAUCUGUGAAGGUAAUGUUCCAGUGAGACUGGUCAACUCUAACAGCCGCUGCUCUGGCAGAGUGGAGAUUUUCCACAAUGGCCAGUGGGGAACAGUGUGUGACGACUUGUGGAAUCUGAAUGACGCUCAGGUGGUUUGUCGACAGCUGGGCUGUGGAGAGGCACCACAAAGGGCACGUUUUGGACGAGGCACUGGACAAAUCUGGUUAGAUAACCUUCAGUGUUCAGGACGUGAGUCUUCUUUGCAAGACUGUCCACAUGGCGGAUUAGGGAACCACAACUGUGGUCACUCUGAGGAUGCUAGUGUCAUCUGUGAAGAAAUUGCUCCUCCAACACCAAGUGUUCCAGUGAGACUGGUCAACUCUUACAGCCGCUGCUCUGGCAGAGUGGAGAUUUUCCACAAUGGCCAGUGGGGAACAGUGUGUGACGACUUGUGGAAUUUGAAUGACGCUCAGGUGGUUUGUCGACAGCUGGGCUGUGGCAGGGCUGUGGAGGCACCACAAAGGGCACGUUUUGGACAAGGCACUGGACAAAUCUGGUUAGAUAACCUUCAGUGUUCAGGACAAAUUGCUCCUCCAACACCAAGUGUUCCAGUGAGACUGGUCAACUCUUACAGCCGCUGCUCUGGCAGAGUGGAGAUUUUCCACAAUGGCCAGUGGGGAACAGUGUGUGACGACUUGUGGAAUUUGAAUGACGCUCAGGUGGUUUGUCGACAGCUGGGCUGUGGCAGGGCUGUGGAGGCACCACAAAGGGCACGUUUUGGACAAGGCACUGGACAAAUCUGGUUAGAUAACCUUCAGUGUUCAGGACGUGAGUCUUCUUUGCAAGACUGUCCACAUGGCGGAUUAGGGAACCACAACUGUGGUCACUCUGAGGAUGCUAGUGUCAUCUGUGAAGAAAUUGCUCCUCCAACACCAAGUGUUCCAGUGAGACUGGUCAACUCUAACAGCCGCUGCUCUGGCAGAGUGGAGAUUUUCCACAAUGGCCAGUGGGGAACAGUGUGUGACGACUUGUGGAAUCUGAAUGACGCUCAGGUGGUUUGUCGACAGCUGGGCUGUGGCAGGGCUGUGGAGGCACCACAAAGGGCACGUUUUGGACGAGGCACUGGACAAAUCUGGUUAGAUAACCUUCAGUGUUCAGGACGUGAGUCUUCUUUGCAAGACUGUCCACAUGGCGGAUUAGGGAACCACAACUGUCGCCAUUCUGAGGAUGCUAGUGUCAUCUGUGAAGAAAUUGCUCCUCCAACACCAAGUGUUCCAGUGAGACUGGUCAACUCUUACAGCCGCUGCUCUGGCAGAGUGGAGAUUUUCCACAAUGGCCAGUGGGGAACAGUGUGUGACGACUUGUGGAAUUUGAAUGACGCUCAGGUGGUUUGUCGACAGCUGGGCUGUGGCAGGGCUGUGGAGGCACCACAAAGGGCACGUUUUGGACAAGGCACUGGACAAAUCUGGUUAGAUAACCUUCAGUGUUCAGGACGUGAGUCUUCUUUGCAAGACUGUCCACAUGGCGGAUUAGGGAACCACAACUGUCGCCAUUCUGAGGAUGCUAGUGUCAUCUGUGAAGGUAAUGUUCCAGUGAGACUGGUCAACUCUAACAGCCGCUGCUCUGGCAGAGUGGAGAUUUUCCACAAUGGCCAGUGGGGAACAGUGUGUGACGACUUGUGGAAUCUGAAUGACGCUCAGGUGGUUUGUCGACAGCUGGGCUGUGGCAGGGCUGUGGAGGCACCACAAAGGGCACGUUUUGGACGAGGCACUGGACAAAUCUGGUUAGAUAACCUUCAGUGUUCAGGACGUGAGUCUUCUUUGCAAGACUGUCCACAUGGCGGAUUAGGGAACCACAACUGUGGUCACUCUGAGGAUGCUAGUGUCAUCUGUGAAGGUAAGUAAAUUGCUCCUCCAACACCAAGUGUUCCAGUGAGACUGGUCAACUCUUACAGCCGCUGCUCUGGCAGAGUGGAGAUUUUCCACAAUGGCCAGUGGGGAACAGUGUGUGACGACUUGUGGAAUUUGAAUGACGCUCAGGUGGUUUGUCGACAGCUGGGCUGUGGCAGGGCUGUGGAGGCACCACAAAGGGCACGUUUUGGACGAGGCACUGGACAAAUCUGGUUAGAUAACCUUCAGUGUUCAGGACGUGAGUCUUCUUUGCAAGACUGUCCACAUGGCGGAUUAGGGAACCACAACUGUCGCCAUUCUGAGGAUGCUAGUGUCAUCUGUGAAGAAAUUGCUCCUCCAACACCAAGUGUUCCAGUGAGACUGGUCAACUCUUACAGCCGCUGCUCUGGCAGAGUGGAGAUUUUCCACAAUGGCCAGUGGGGAACAGUGUGUGACGACUUGUGGAAUUUGAAUGACGCUCAGGUGGUUUGUCGACAGCUGGGCUGUGGCAGGGCUGUGGAGGCACCACAAAGGGCACGUUUUGGACAAGGCACUGGACAAAUCUGGUUAGAUAACCUUCAGUGUUCAGGACGUGAGUCUUCUUUGCAAGACUGUCCACAUGGCGGAUUAGGGAACCACAACUGUCGCCAUUCUGAGGAUGCUAGUGUCAUCUGUGAAGGUAAGUGUGUUUCAACACAUGUUCCAGUGAGACUGGUCAACUCUAACAGCCGCUGCUCUGGCAGAGUGGAGAUUUUCCACAAUGGCCAGUGGGGAACAGUGUGUGACGACUUGUGGAAUCUGAAUGACGCUCAGGUGGUUUGUCGACAGCUGGGCUGUGGCAGGGCUGUGGAGGCACCACAAAGGGCACGUUUUGGACAAGGCACUGGACAAAUCUGGUUAGAUAACCUUCAGUGUUCAGGACGUGAGUCUUCUUUGCAAGACUGUCCACAUGGCGGAUUAGGGAACCACAACUGUCGCCAUUCUGAGGAUGCUAGUGUCAUCUGUGAAGGUAAUGUUCCAGUGAGACUGGUCAACUCUAACAGCCGCUGCUCUGGCAGAGUGGAGAUUUUCCACAAUGGCCAGUGGGGAACAGUGUGUGACGACUUGUGGAAUCUGAAUGACGCUCAGGUGGUUUGUCGACAGCUGGGCUGUGGCAGGGCUGUGGAGGCACCACAAAGGGCACGUUUUGGACAAGGCACUGGACAAAUCUGGUUAGAUAACCUUCAGUGUUCAGGACGUGAGUCUUCUUUGCAAGACUGUCCACAUGGCGGAUUAGGGAACCACAACUGUCGCCAUUCUGAGGAUGCUAGUGUCAUCUGUGAAGAAAUUGCUCCUCCAACACCAAGUGUUCCAGUGAGACUGGUCAACUCUAACAGCCGCUGCUCUGGCAGAGUGGAGAUCUUCCACAAUGGCCAGUGGGGAACAGUGUGUGACGACUUGUGGAAUCUGAAUGACGCUCAGGUGGUUUGUCGACAGCUGGGCUGUGGCAGGGCUGUGGAGGCACCACAAAGGGCACGUUUUGGACGAGGCACUGGACAAAUCUGGUUAGAUAACCUUCAGUGUUCAGGACGUGAGUCUUCUUUGCAAGACUGUCCACAUGGCGGAUUAGGGAACCACAACUGUGGUCACUCUGAGGAUGCUAGUGUCAUCUGUGAAGAAAUUGCUCCUCCAACACCAAGUGUUCCAGUGAGACUGGUCAACUCUAACAGCCGCUGCUCUGGCAGAGUGGAGAUUUUCCACAAUGGCCAGUGGGGAACAGUGUGUGACGACUUGUGGAAUUUGAAUGACGCUCAGGUGGUUUGUCGACAGCUGGGCUGUGGCAGGGCUGUGGAGGCACCACAAAGGGCACGUUUUGGACAAGGCACUGGACAAAUCUGGUUAGAUAACCUUCAGUGUUCAGGACGUGAGUCUUCUUUGCAAGACUGUCCACAUGGCGGAUUAGGGAACCACAACUGUCGCCAUUCUGAGGAUGCUAGUGUCAUCUGUGAAGAAAUUGCUCCUCCAACACCAAGUGUUCCAGUGAGACUAGUCAACUCUUACAGCCGCUGCUCUGGCAGAGUGGAGAUUUUCCACAAUGGCCAGUGGGGAACAGUGUGUGACGACUUGUGGAAUCUGAAUGACGCUCAGGUGGUUUGUCGACAGCUGGGCUGUGGCAGGGCUGUGGAGGCACCACAAAGGGCACGUUUUGGACAAGGCACUGGACAAAUCUGGUUAGAUAACCUUCAGUGUUCAGGACGUGAGUCUUCUUUGCAAGACUGUCCACAUGGCGGAUUAGGGAACCACAACUGUGGUCACUCUGAGGAUGCUAGUGUCAUCUGUGAAGAAAUUGCUCCUCCAACACCAAGUGUUCCAGUGAGACUGGUCAACUCUAACAGCCGCUGCUCUGGCAGAGUGGAGAUUUUCCACAAUGGCCAGUGGGGAACAGUGUGUGACGACUUGUGGAAUCUGAAUGACGCUCAGGUGGUUUGUCGACAGCUGGGCUGUGGCAGGGCUGUGGAGGCACCACAAAGGGCACGUUUUGGACAAGGCACUGGACAAAUCUGGUUAGAUAACCUUCAGUGUUCAGGACGUGAGUCUUCUUUGCAAGACUGUCCACAUGGCGGAUUAGGGAACCACAACUGUCGCCAUUCUGAGGAUGCUAGUGUCAUCUGUGAAGGUAAGUGUGUUUCCACACAUGUUCCAGUGAGACUGGUCAACUCUUACAGCCGCUGCUCUGGCAGAGUGGAGAUCUUCCACAAUGGCCAGUGGGGAACAGUGUGUGACGACUUGUGGAAUUUGAAUGACGCUCAGGUGGUUUGUCGACAGCUGGGCUGUGGCAGGGCUGUGGAGGCACCACAAAGGGCACGUUUUGGACAAGGCACUGGACAAAUCUGGUUAGAUAACCUUCAGUGUUCAGGACGUGAGUCUUCUUUGCAAGACUGUCCACAUGGCGGAUUAGGGAACCACAACUGUCGCCAUUCUGAGGAUGCUAGUGUCAUCUGUGAAGGUAAGUGUGUUUCCACACAUGUUCCAGUGAGACUGGUCAACUCUAACAGCCGCUGCUCUGGCAGAGUGGAGAUUUUCCACAAUGGCCAGUGGGGAACAGUGUGUGACGACUUGUGGAAUCUGAAUGACGCUCAGGUGGUUUGUCGACAGCUGGGCUGUGGCAGGGCUGUGGAGGCACCACAAAGGGCACGUUUUGGACAAGGCACUGGACAAAUCUGGUUAGAUAACCUUCAGUGUUCAGGACGUGAGUCUUCUUUGCAAGACUGUCCACAUGGCGGAUUAGGGAACCACAACUGUCGCCAUUCUGAGGAUGCUAGUGUCAUCUGUGAAGAAAUUGCUCCUCCAACACCAAGUGUUCCAGUGAGACUAGUCAACUCUAACAGCCGCUGCUCUGGCAGAGUGGAGAUUUUCCACAAUGGCCAGUGGGGAACGGUGUGUGACGACUUCUGGAAUUUGAAUGACGCUCAGGUGGUUUGUCGACAGCUGGGCUGUGGCAGGGCUGUGGAGGCACCACAAAGGGCACGUUUUGGACAAGGCACUGGACAAAUCUGGUUAGAUAACCUUCAGUGUUCAGGACGUGAGUCUUCUUUGCAAGACUGUCCACAUGGCGGAUUAGGGAACCACAACUGUCGCCAUUCUGAGGAUGCUAGUGUCAUCUGUGAAGCCGGACACGUGGAUGUCGGAGCUUGCAGCGGCUCCCAGAUGGAAGUGAACAACUCGCCUUACCAACGUUACUCGUCUCCUUCGUGUAGUCACUCGGCUCCGAACUUCCAGCAGGUUGCUGCCUUCACUCCCAUGGCUGAGAUGAGAAAGGAAAAAAACAACGCACCUGCACUUCACCUCCGAGCUGACAGGCUGAACGUGGCCCGUAUAGCCCCUGAUUGGCUGUUGAGGACUAGGUUCUACACCUCUAAUGCCAUCCUUCUCAUCUUUGUCAUCGUCGUCCUCCGCUUAUCCGGAGAAGUGACAUUCCAUGUCCCAAGACCCAACUUCUGUAACCAAGGAUCAGACCGCCAAGGCCCCCGCCUUGGGGGACGAGGCCAUGUAGCUGGUUCAGGCUGGGCACGGCCGGACCCCAUGGGCGAAGGCCCGGCCAUCAGGCACUCGCCCACGGGCCCCAACCCCAGGCCUGGCUCCAGGGCGGGGCCCCAGUAA